AUGGACGACGUCAUAGCCGGAAGAUUUGAGAAAGCACGUGUUAAACACAUUGCCGUUCAUAAGAAGGAGCCUUUGGCCUUGAUUGCGAUUUAUAAUGGAGAUUUUGAGUUGUGGAAUACAGUUAGUAUGUCUUUAGUUAAAUCUGGCUCGAUUGGUGAGAUACCUCUACGUGCCUGUGCCUUUUUAGAAGAAGCCGAUGCCUUUCUACUAGGUUCUGAUGAUGGAAUGCUUCGUUUGUACAGUUUAGAUGCUUUUGAACUUAAACAUACAAUAACAGCCCAUCGUGAUUUUAUUCGUGGACUUGCAGUUCAUCCAACUCUACCCUAUGUAGCUUCCUCUUCUGAUGAUAAUACGAUUAAGCUUUGGGACUAUUCAAAAGGUCUAACUCCUAUUAGAACUCUAACUGGACAUACACACUUUGUUAUGUCGAUUGAUUUUUCAUUAAGAGAUUCACGAUUAUUACUAUCAGUUGGUUUAGAUCAUAAUGCUCGCUUAUGGAAUAUUGAAACGGGUGUAUCAACUAUUCUGGAAGAUCCAAAAUCUGCUUUGAAUGCUUGUGCCUUUGUAGCCGAUCGAUUUGCGGUUGCUGGUGGUGAUGAUGGCCGCUUGCAUAUUUGGGAUACAACUACUCAUGCUUUGAUUACUAGUGUAGCUGCUCAUAAUGGGCCAAUUACGGGUAUUGCUAAGAGUAUUGGUCAGUUUGUUACGGCUGGUGAAGAUGGAGCUGUUCGGGAGUGGCCGGGAACUCGGUUUAGACCGCAAGCACCUACUGCGGCUCGAUUACGCCGGCUUUGGACAGUAGCUUGUGGGGCGCCUGGGAGUUUACUAGCUGGUGGAGAUGAAGGUUUGGCCUUUGUGCGUCGACCGGCUCCGGCUCCUUUGUUCUCGUUUAUGGGGAUUGGUAAUUCGAACUAUUUACGGACCGGCCCGAGUGCUGCUAGAAUGGUGAUUGUUGAGGACUCAACGCUUAAACAAGUUCGAGUGGGCGGUUCUGGGAGUAUGCCUGAUAUUACAGCUAAUGAUGCCGUAUCAAUUAGUGCUGGCCCGGCUAAAGUCUUAACUACUCUAUCUUAUAUUCCGGAACGAGUGGCUAUCUCCACUAGUGGGCGAUAUUUAGCCGUUGAAAGUGAAGAAACCGUGCAUAUUCAUACUUUACUUGGCUUCUUACUCCAGAUAUCAGUGCCAGGUACACAUCCAAUAUGGACGGGUCCGGAAGACUUCAUAGUCGUACAUGCUGGUCGGGUUGAGCAGUAUACUGAGUUUGUCUUAGUCGGGGCUGUAGAUACGGGUUUAGAUGAACCGAUUAGGGCGAUACAGAGUAUGUCUUAUGGGGACUGGCUGAUAAGCACUGAAUCGGGUCGGUCUUAUAUUAUGGGUGAUGAAGGAUGUCUAGUGGAUCAGACUGAUGAUGCCAUUGGUGCUCAUUUACAUGGCGAUGUGCAAGUGCUGAUUUGGCCUCGACGGAUUGAGAUGAGAAUGUUAAAUGAACGAGUGCAGUGUCCCAUUAAGGUUAAUUCCUGGUGUGCUGAGAAAGGAGCAUUGUUUAUAUCAACGGGCAUGGAGAUAGUUUAUUUCGCUAUACCAGAGGAUAUACUGCCUAAGGUCUUACGUCCAACUGAACUAACUGGUGCGCCAACUCGUGGUGUUCUUAUGGGUGUAACUGAUCGACUUUGGGUGAUUAAUGGAGGUAAAAUUGAAGGAAUCAAAGUGCCUUGGGAUCUUUUGGAGUUUGAAGCGGCGGCUCUAGAUGGCGCGUGUAUUAGUGACUUACCGACUGGUUAUGAAGCGGCGGCUGUUCGGUUUUUAGUUGGCCAAGGCCGCUUAGAGGCAGCACUGGCACUUUCUAAUGAUUCAACUCAACGUUAUGAACUCCUGGUGCAAAUGGGCCGAUUAGAGGAGGCAGAAGCAGCAGCUACAUCAGGGGCAGAACGAGCUCGAUUGGCCGAUCUGUAUGUAGCUCAAGGCAAGUUAAAGCGAGCGGCUAAAGUAGCUGCUGAGUCUGGUGUUCUAACGAGCGAUACACUUCUAUUGGCAGCACUGUGUAAUGAUGAGGAAAUGCUAAGUAAGACUGCGCAAGAAGCAGCUAAAGCCGGACGGACAUUGGAAGCCCUGGCUGGAGCCUAUCGAGCGGGAGAUGAAAAUCUGUGUCGGCAACUUCUAGUUGGAACUCCUUUUAUUGAACUGUUUGAUCGGACGCGUGCUAGUGCAGGUCCUAUUAGUACUAAACGGUCGUAA